UGACAGCUGCAAUCAUCUGAUUUUUGUCUUCUUUCUUUCUUCUUUGGAAGCGAUUUUUUAGUAUAAUUGAGAAAGAAAAAUUAAAUUUUAUUUGAUUUUAUUAAAGCUGAUUACAGUUUUAAAGCUUAAGACGAAAUUAAUAUCUCAAAAAAUGUAUUUGUGUAAUUUUGGAGAAGAUAAUCAAUUUUCAUUUCUCCACGUAAUAUUUUACAUAAUUAAUGAGUAAUCUGGUGUUUAAUCGAAGUUCUUGAAGUGUUGAGUUAAGACAUGUGAAAAUAUAAUGCCACAUGAUCCUAAGCAGGAAUUGUGUGAGCCCCAGCUUCUGGAUAAGAGCUGCCUCAGUGAAGGAGAGAUUGAUGUGAUGAUCCCUGCACCGAGCCUGCAGAGUCCACAAACAUGCACAGUGGAACACUGGAAGGAGUUCUUAUGUGGAGGUGGUUCGGCAUUUUGCAACAUACUGAUCAGCUAUCCUCUAAACAAGCUCAUAUUUAGACAGAUGAUGCACGGGGUAGAAACAAUGAGUGCUUUGCACCAACUGAGGAAAGAAGGAUUAGUGUUUCUCUACCGGGGAAUGCUGCCACCUCUCAUGCAGAGAACACUCUCAAUGUCUCUCAUGUUUGGAAUUUACGACGAAUGUCUGCAGCCAUUACUGAAGCAUGACGUCAACCCCUACGCUGCUAAAUCAAUAGCCGGCAUAGUGGCCGGCUGUGUCGAGGCGACGCUAAUGCCAUUUGAAAGAGUACAAACUUUACUUAUCCAUCCAAAGUUUCACCAAAAAUUCAAAAAUACUGCAGAUGCAUCGAGACACAUUGCUAGGUAUUAUGGUAUCAAAGAGUUCUACAGAGGACUUGGCCCCAUUUUAUUAAGGAAUGGGCCCUCCAAUGCUAUGUUUUUUAUAAUUCGCGAUGAGAUGCGUAUGCGUCUUCCCAAGCAAGACAAUGUUUUUUAUCAGAGUGUGCAACAUUUUCUGGCCGGAGCCUCUAUAGGUGCAUUCCUGAGCACACUGUUCUAUCCCUUGAAUGUUAUCAAGAUUGCUAUGCAAUGUCAACUGGGUGGUCCACACAGGACAAUAGCAUAUGAAUUUAGGUAUGUUUUAGGCAAACGCGAUUGGAAAUUCUCAAAUUUCUAUCAUGGAGCAUUACUUAAUAUCUCACGAGCGUUUUUGAGUUGGGGUAUAAUAAAUGCUUCAUAUGAAAUAUUUACGAAAUUAAUAUACUGCUAGUCAAAUUGCUUGCAUGAUUAGUAUUAUGAUUCAGUGUUUCGCGAGCUUGUUUUGUUAUUUAUUUGAAUAAGUGACUGGUGCUGUGGUGUAUUAACAAAUGUGUUUAAAAGGGUAUCAUUUACCUAGUGAUUUGUGUUUGUAAUAUAUCAUUUCGGAAAAUGCUCAUUUGAAUUGAAAUUGCACAUGUGAAAUACACAAACACACAUUUUUAGCAAAAUCAACACAAUGACUGUUGUUGUUCAAGCAAAAUGUUCUUUGAACCGAAGUAUUCCUUUUAGUAUAAGCAGCAUUGUGUACCUAUGCCUAACGGUUUUCUAUUUAUUGUAUAGUUUAUUUUAUGUUUACGCCAUAACUUAUAUGUUUUUACUAUCAUAAUUGAAGCAUUUACACAAAUGUAAAUACCAUUGAUAUGUUUUAUAUUCAGUGAUAAUUAUAAUUAUGAAUGGUUACAAGUGUGAAUAUAUUUAGGAAAUUAUUUAAAGAAGCAUAACAUGUUUUAUUUCAGUUAAUCGAGAUCCAAUAUUUUCGGAAUUCAAUCAGAAAAUAUCAUGACACAUUUUUCAACCCUACGAAAUCCUUUAGUGCUAUAUUACUCAUUCCUAAAGCUCACGAAACCAUGACAAUACGAUAAUGAUUAUUUUUAUAACUUGACUUUUUGAUGAUGUUGAUUCAGAAGCAAUAACGCCGCCACUGUCCUAAUUAUCCUAAUUGGAGACAAUCAAAAAAUAAAAAACAUUGGGUCAUGUCAAGCAAUCUAAUAUAUUAUGUUUUGCGUGCUAUCAGUACCUACAUUUAGGUAAUCUUUGAUUUCAAUUAACUUACGUAAACAUCUAUAAAUAAAUUCUGCCACAUCACCAAUGCAUUAUGCAAUCUACCAAUCAGCUAAACAAAUUCAAAGUUAAUAAACACCAAACAAGAUUUGUAAACUUAAUUAAAUGUUUCGUUGAUUUAACAAAUCUUAGAUGCAUGGUCGAUGACCUUUAUCUUAAAACCGGACCAUAAGCUCCGAAGCCUUACAAAGGGCAAACCUUAGACUGCGUAUCCAAUAAAGUGGAGAGUAGAAAAGUGGUGAGUGUUUCCCCUGAAGCGGAGCGGAGGAAACCGGUGGAUAUAAGUUAUAGUUACUCUGCCCUGUCCUGCCCCACUCUGCACCAUUUAUCCACUAAGAAAUUAGCAUGUUACAUAAUUCACUCUCCACUGACUUGUUUUCAUUGAAGUGGAACGGAGAUUUCUAUCUAUGAACUCAUCACAUUACCCACCGCACUAGUGGUAACAACAUUCGCCACUAGUGUGUUGUUUUGUAUUCAGUUAUUUCUUUGAUAGGCUAAUUACAAACUCGACCUCGUACAGACUUCCGACGGUGGGUCAUAUAAUUGCAGUGCUAUAAACUGCAAAUAUAGGACUAAAGUCCAUUGAGAUGAAGGAUCAUUUAUGUUACAAUCAUAGAAGUUAAAAGGUAAUGUAGCUACUGAAUCAAAUAGUCAUCAUAAACUAAUUUUAUAAUAUUUUGUUAUGUCAUUGCCAAUUAAAUACAGCUUAUCAUAAUCAUAGUAAACUAAUCUAUAUGAAAUUUUUUAUCACAUUUUUAAGUUACACGUUAUCGUGCUAUUACUGUUUAAAAUGUAAUUCAUUGCCGCAUCUGUUGCUGAUAAAUUCAAAAUUUACACUAUGUAAGAUUCCCGCAGAUAAAUUCGCGCAACCGCAAAAUAAAAUUUUGUGUUUUUAAUUUCGUGCAAGCCGAAACUGAUUUCCUACUUCUACUUUGUGUAAACAUGCGUUUAGGUUUAGUUAAAUGUUACGGUUAACCAAGUAUUUCUUUCGGUGGAUCACUUUCACCAAAUGCUUUGUAAUUUGAUAGGUUUAACACUUUAACAGUGUGGUCCAGGAAUCUUGUAGCGAGGUCUUCGUCCUGGCACAACUUGGAAGGUUGCUUCACUGCGCAGUCACUAAAAAUUAGGAUUAAAUAAAUCUCUGUUUAAGAGUUAAAAUAAAUAU